GAAGGUAGCCGGAGUAUGGGCGCGGAGUAUGGGUGCCUUCCCAGCACCUCUCAAGCCCUGUACGUGAUCCUCUUAAUAGUGCUGGUCAGGAUGAGCUUGGUGUUUGUUCAGUUCCCCAAAUACCUGCGCUGCUAUCGAUGCCUCUUGGAGACCAAGGAGUUGGGAUGCCUUCUGGGAUCUGACAUCUGCCUCGCCCCGCCUGGCAGCAGCUGCAUGACUCUCCUCAUAAAGAACAGCAGCAGCGGUUCUGACAUCAUGGUGAGUGACUGCCGCCACAAGGAGCAGAUGAGUGAUUGUUCAUAUACCCGCUCUUCUCCAGUGUUUGGCUUCUGGAUAUUUUCUCGAUGCUGCCUCCGGGAGUUCUGCAAUAACCCUCAGAACAGAGUCUUCUACAUUCCUUAGAAUUUCUGCAAAGACUUGUGGAAUAAAAUCCUGCCAGUUGCCAUCCAUCUUCUUGAUUUCCAGUUGGCUGGCACAGCCAGGACAACUUCCAAUCCUUUUUACCAGCCCUCCCUGCCUCUCUCAAGUUACUGGCCCCCAGCCCUGUCUCUUAGUUGACACCCCUCAAGCUCCCCGACUCCCACUCUGCCCCUCCCCCAGGCUCCCUCUCCAGAAGUCUGAGUUUUCAAGUCCUCACGGUCUGACAGCUUUUGUCCUCUUCUCCCACCUCUCAGCUGCUUCUUUGCCCGGCUUUGCCCCAUCUCCCACCACAAGCCAGUCUCGCCUCAAGUCCCCAGGUGUUCCUCCCAAAUAAAUUGGUGUACAAACUC